UUCCCUGAGCAAGAGAUGCUGAGACCUUCUUUUCCCCAAGUGGGAUUCUGUUUUUCUUUUCAUCCUCAGCAUUCAACCUACGUCACUCCCUCACUUUUAAAAUCCAAAAUGUGGAGAAGGGUUAUCUGUGAUAGAUUUCUUCCUUGAUGUUUAGAGACCUGCUUUUCACAAUGCUUCAUGCACAUUUAGUGCCUUGAGGAUUUUAAUCAUUGCACUGUGCAUGCAUGUCUCAUACCCAAAGUGGUCACAGCUCCUGCAUUUCCACAAUAGCAGCUGCACAAAGCAGAGCCUUCCAGGUUUCCUAUCAGACUGGUGCUUCCUUUCCCUCUUCAGUUUGGAGCAAAUGUUGUCCUGGAUCACUUUCUGGAUUUUUGUUUUAAUCUUCCUGAAUCCAUGCCAUGGAUAACAUAGAGUUUAUCGUGGUUCGCGUUGGGCAGGAUUGGCAAAGUUCUUGGAUACUUCUAAGGAUUGUGUUGCAAAUAUAUUAUCCCUGGGAAUAUGAGUUAAUUUAGACUUUGCUUUGGGAAGAAUGUCUGUUCUCUCUGCCAAUAAUGUAUAACAGUAACAAAUUUAAUGGCAGACCUCGAAGUAUAUAAAAAUUUAAGCCCAGAAAAAGUUGAAAGAUGUAUGAGUGUAAUGCAGUCUGGGACUCAGAUGGUUAAACUGAAGAAUGGAGCCAAAGGCCUCGUGCGCCUUUUUUACCUUGAUGAACACAGGACUUGCAUCAGAUGGAGGCCGUCCAGGAAAAGUGAAAAGGCAAAGAUUGUAAUUGAUUCUAUCUACAAAGUCACUGAAGGCCGUCAAUCGGAAAUAUUCCAUCGCCAUGCUGAAGGCAACUUUGAUCCAAGCUGCUGCUUUACCAUUUACCACGGGAACCAUAUGGAUCCGCUGGAUCUGAUCACCUCUAACCCAGAGGAAGCACGCACUUGGAUCACUGGGCUAAAAUACUUAAUGGCCGGGAUAAGUGAUGAAGACUCGCUUGCUAAACGACAGAGGACACAUGAUCAUUGGGUGAAGCAGACCUUUGAGGAAGCAGACAAGAAUGGUGAUGGCUUGCUGAAUAUUGAAGAGAUCCACCAGUUGAUGCAUAAACUGAACGUCAACCUGCCCCGGAGAAAAGUAAGACAAAUGUUUCAGGAGGCUGACACAGAUGACAAUCAAGGUACCUUAACCUUUGAAGAGUUUUCUGUGUUUUACAAGAUGAUGUCAUUAAGACGUGACCUCUACUUGCUGCUUUUGAGCUACAGUGACAAGAAAGAUCACCUCACAGUUGAGGAGUUUGCUCAGUUCCUGAAGGUAGAACAAAAGAUGAAUAAUGUGACAACAGAGUAUUGUCUGGACAUCAUUCGGAAAUUUGAAAUUUCAGAAGAAAACAAGACCCAAAAUGUUUUGGGCAUAGAAGGAUUUACCAACUUCAUGCGCAGCCCUGCCUGUGAUGUAUUCAACCCACUACACAGCGAAGUAUACCAAGAUAUGGAUCAACCCCUCUGCAAUUAUUACAUUGCUUCUUCUCACAACACCUAUCUAACUGGAGACCAGCUUCUCUCUCAGUCAAAAGUUGAGAUGUAUGCCCGAGUCCUACAAGAUGGCUGCCGAUGUCUUGAAGUGGACUGCUGGGAUGGCCCAGAUGGGGAGCCAGUUGUGCAUCAUGGUUAUACUCUGACUUCCAAAAUACUUUUUAAGGAUGUUGUGGAAGUGAUCAACAAAAAUGCUUUUGCCAAAAACGAGUUUCCAAUUAUACUGUCUAUUGAAAAUCACUGCAGUAUUCAACAGCAAAAGAAAAUUGCUCAAUACCUCAAGGAGAUUUUCAGUGACAAACUGGACUUGGCUUCUGUCAGCAGUGGGGAUUCCAAGCAGCUUCCAAGUCCUCAGAGUCUGAAAGGCAAAAUCCUAGUCAAGGGUAAAAAGCUCCCCUAUAGUCUUGGUGCAGAUGCUGAAGAAGGAGACGUUUCUGAUGAAGAUAGUGCUGAUGAAAUUGAAGAUGACUGCAAGUUAAAGCUCUCUUAUAGUAAUGGCACCACUGAGCACCAGAUGGAAUCUUUUAUAAGGAAGAAACUUGAAUCCUUGUUAAAGGAAUCUCAGAUCAGGGACAAAGAAGACCCCGACAGCUUUACUGUGAGGGCACUCUUAAAAGCAACACAUGAGGGCUUAAAUGUAAAAUUCAAACAGAACUCAGACAUGAAAGAUAGUGGCAAGAAAUCCCACAGUAAACUAAUGAGCAACUUUGGUAAACAUAAGAAGGCAGGUAAACCAAGGUCCAAAUCUCAUAGCACAUCUGACGACGAGGAUUCUCAACAAAAUUAUUCUGGCAAGGAAGCUGGGCAACUAUGCAGAUUGGGCCGACGGAGAAAAACCAUGAAGCUGUGCCGUGAUCUUUCUGAUUUAGUGGUAUACACAAAUUCUGUGGCUGCUCAAGACAUAGUUGAUGAUGGAUCUGUGGGGAAUGUGCUGUCUUUCAGCGAGACAAGAGCUCACCAGGUUGUGCAACAGAAGGCAGAGCAGUUUAUGCUUUAUAACCAGAAGCAGCUCACCAGAAUCUAUCCAUCUGCAUACCGGAUUGACUCCAGCAACUUCAACCCUCUAGCCUACUGGAAUGUCGGCUGUCAGCUGGUGGCGUUAAACUACCAGUCUGAUGGGCGUGUGAUGCAGUUAAACCAAGCCAAAUUUAGUAUUAAUGGGAAUUGUGGAUACAUCCUGAAACCUCAGCAGAUGUGCAAAGGUACAUUCAAUCCUUAUUCUUCAGAUCCACUUCCUGCUCUCCCUAAGAAGCAACUUAUACUCAAAGUCAUCAGUGGGCAACAGCUACCUAAACCUCCAGAUUCCAUGCUAGGAGACAGAGGAGAGAUAAUUGAUCCCUUUGUUGAGGUGGAAAUUAUUGGGUUGCCAGUUGAUUGCUGCAAAGACCAGACCAGAGUAGUAGAUGACAAUGGUUUUAAUCCUGUUUGGGAAGAAACUCUCACUUUCACCGUCCACAUGCCUGAGGUAGCAUUAGUUCGGUUUCUUGUUUGGGAUCACGAUCCAAUUGGCCGAGACUUUGUUGGACAAAGAACUGUGGCCUUCAGCAGCCUUAUGCCUGGGUACCGGCAUGUUUACUUGGAGGGACUGACUGAAGCCUCUAUAUUUGUACAUAUAACCAUCAAUGAAAUUUAUGGAAAGAAGAAGAAUCAAACAACUAAAACUGACUUGGAUGAGAUCCCAGACACGUAUAUCCCAGUUGCCCAUAACAAGCAACUGAUAGGACUCAGGGGACUUUUUAACAAGAACCCCAAACAUAAUUCUGUGGAAAACAGUGCUAAUUAUGUUCGGAAAAGGUCAAUCGGGGAACGACUUCUCCGACGCACAGCCAGCGCUCCAGCAAAGGGCAGGAAGAAGAGCAAAAUGGGCUUCCAGGAAGCCACUGAGCUUAAAGAGAGUGCAUCUGAGGGAGCAGAUCUGAAAGACAAGGAAGGUGUUCUAAGGCGCACAAGCAGGAGUUUGCAAGCACGUCCCAUUUCCAUGCCGGUUGACAAAUAUCUUCUGGUGGGUUUGCCAUCCCCAGAUCAAGAUGCUACCACAGCUGCUGAUGCUACCAAAUCUAAAAAUACCUCUGCCAAAAGUAAAAAUGAUACAAGCAAGGAUCAAGCAAAUUCGAAAGAACUGGUCUCCUCUCCUCCAGAGAAAGAGUCUUUUACAAAGUUUGCAUCUCCAUUUAAAAAAGGUGUUCCCAAGACUGGCGGUUGUGCAACUUUACCUGUGUGUGAAAAGGCGGAAAGCUUGGACUUUGCAAUUGGAAUAGCUGAAACCUAUUUCUCCACUGAGUACUGGAAAAGUAAUAUUUCCAGUGCAGCUGCUCAUCUAAAGGAAGAACUUGAAAGAGAAAAAAAUGAAGACCUGUCUUGCAUGGCUCAAACGUCAAUGGAGGAUACUGUGCUAUCCAAAGAGCAAAAAACAGUAGCAGGAAGUUCUCUUCCUCAAGAAGAUAAAAAGCCUAACAUUGAAUCUCAUACAGUUGUUAAUAGUGCUCUAACUAAUUUAACAUUAGCUGAUGCAUCUUCUGCGACCUGUUAUGAUGUCCCUGACUUUCACUCCACACCUGCCAUGCAAGAUAGUGACAUUUCUCGCCUCAUUAAUGAGGUCUCUUUAACCAAUGAGACUGAUGUGGGUAGUUCUGUCUCAUCACUGAUAGAACACUUGGAUGUCACAAAUGACCAAAUGAAUUUGGCUGCAAUUUCUAGUCCUCCUGGAGUCAGCAGUAAGAACAUUAGUAUGAAGUCUACGUAUCUACCAAGUACAUUGCAAAACUAUCCAAAUACAGCUUUUGACCCCCAAGUUCCUAGUGUAACACCUAUUGUAUCAUUAUCAACACUAGAAGCAACUAUGACCUCCACCCCUGAGACAACAGGGUGUUCUCUGUACACAAUUAUCCAUGAGGCCUCUCUUUCUCCAGAUUCCAGCCAUGAAUUAGUGGACAAGGUUGCAAAAGACCAUUGUGCAAAAGACACCAAUGCAGUGCUUUCCUGCAUUUCACCAGGCAGCAUGCUGAAAGCAAACCCCAAAAGGAAGUGUGGGACAAACUGGGAAUCUCUUGACAAUAGCCACUCCAGCAUUUCUGACAGCUCAGACUUGGAGUACAAUAUAGCUGUCCCUUUCACUUGUGUAAAUUCUACAGGCAGCAGCCUUAUGGAGGUUGAUGGAGGGUUCCAAGACCUCUUGAUUACUGCAUUUGAAUAUAAGAGAGAAGACCUGAGCCAACUGGCUUCUCCUUUGAAACUCAAGCAUAAUCAGGACAGUCUGCACUAUAACGAGAGCAUCUUUGGGAACCUUAACAGUAAGGACCUCUGCAGUGCCAACCUAAUUGAGGAUUUCAAGUGUAGAAGUGAAAAAAAUCAAUAUCUUCCUUGUCCAGAACACAAAAAGGUUGAUCUUCUGUACAAUAAUUAUUUGCAGAUUUCAGAUACACAGAACAAUUUGUUAAACCUCUCUCAAAGAGUCACCAUGGACUCCUCUUUGAGGUCCAAGAAUGCUUUGCCUUAUCCUUCUCCCACAGCUCAAAAACAGCCAAGUCCGUGCAAAUCCAAAAGUCUUGGAGAUCUAACUUCAGAAGAUAUCUCUUGCAAUUUCGAAAGCAAAUACAAGUACAUUAGUCGAGGUUUCAUCACAUCUGGCAUGAGAGACAAGACGGUGGCUGCUCUGAAAGCUAAGAAGUCACAAGCUACAGAUCCUCUGACAGAACAGUUGAGAAAACUAGUGUCUUUUGAUCAGGAGGAUGGUUGCCAGCCAUUUUGUUCUAAAAAGAAUGACGAUUGCUCAAAAAUGUUGGUCCGAAAACUGUCUUCCAGGAGUCAGAGCAGAGUGCGAAACAUUGCUAGCCGUGCCAAGGAGCGACAAGAAGCCAGCAAGCAAAAACUUUCUAAUGCCAGUGGUAAUGUAACGGGGGUAGUCUUUAGAAAUAAGCCCUCUGUAUCUCCUCACAUUAUCAAUAGACAUUCCACUGGAUCGUACAUAUCUAGUUAUCUAGAUAACUUCAACGCAGAUGACCUAGAAGGCCGAGGUGUCCCAGAAGGUGCAUGUACAACUUUACGCUAUGGAUACAAUGAUCAGUUUUAUUCUGAUGACUCUCUUCUAGAUACCAAGUCAAGUGAAGAUGAUAAACCAGAAAUCUAUUUCCUUUUGAGACUGUAAAUUGUAUAAAUGUACAUCUUCAUUGUUUACAAGCUUUCUCACUGAAUGAAGGAUUAUCAGUAAGCAGUGCAACCAUGAGCAUUUAAAUUACUCAGAAAUGCAUUUUUCACAACUGGGAGUCUUGUCAUAAAUUAAUGUGCCCAUUUCCAUCAGAGUUUUUUGUAAAUAGAUGUUGUAAAACUUCAUGAAUGUUUUUUUUUUUUUUUAAAGAGAUCAUGCACAAACAUGAUGCAUUUGUUGUUGGUUGCAUGCUGUAGGUCAUGAUGUCUUGUAUUUGCAAUGCAUGUGCAACAGAAUGUGGAACAGAUAUCAGUCACUGUAAAAUGCUACAAUUAAUGCCAUUUCCCCUCCAUAUUCCUAUCAUUUAGCUAUCCUUAGGGAGUUCUAGAAUGGUUAUCAACUUAUGAUCUACCACAAGCCUAACCACAUGAUUAUUUUUCAGUCAACAGAGCCCUUUGCUAUUGAAGAAAACUGAUAAAUGCCGUAAAGUCUAAAUUAGCUAUUAGCUAUUUACACCUGUAAAUAGAUUUAUUUAAAUAAAUUUAAAUAGAUUUAAAUUUAUUAGAUACCAAUAGAUAAUAAUGGUAAGCUCCCACAGGUGACUGUACAGUAGGACUUAUACAGUGAUGAAAGCAAAUUUCCCCAAUCUCCAAAAUUAGCUGAAAAUCCUUCAAAGUGAAUUCAAUAAAUUUGAUGAAUUUAUGUAAUGCAUUUGAAAAUUUAUAAAUUUUGAGGGUGGAAAUUUUAAAUUCAGAAUGUGUUAUCUUUUCAAAUUUUGAAUUUUCACAUACAGAUUUCUGAGAAAAUAAGAACAUAGGAAGCUUCAUUUCUGGGCAUGGGACACAGAGCUCAAAUUUCAGUGGCACAUUUUAAAAUAUAAAUGUCUAUGUGAGAUUUGAUUUUAAGAAUUUGAAUUGUUUUGGGAAGUCACUUUAGUUCCAGUAUCUGUGAUGCACAAAUGAGAAGUAUCUGAUUGGCUUCUGGAGUUCUGAAUGAGCAAGGGCGACUUCUCUUCACUGUUGGAUCUCUUUUUGCCUUCCUAGUAUUGAAAAGAAUGAAACACCCAAAAUUCUAUAUUGAGUAUGGGAUUCCUUUGGAGCUUUGCCUAGUUCUGAGUUUGUUUUUGUUUUUGCUAAUUUUGAUUUAGCAGAACUCCUAAAAACUCCAGAUCUGCAGUUGCUGAUUUGCAUCAUUUACACAGCUUUACAGAACUCAUGCAGAUGUGUGCUGGAUAUCUGAAUCCCUUGUGGGGUACUUGAUUGUUUUGAACCAGUGUGGUUGAUAAAACUCUUACCAUACUUGGAGUAGUCCUUUAGGAGUGAAUGUUCUCUAAAAUGGUGAAUGAGUUCUGGCUUCUCCCAGUGGUUGUGUAAGCUAAAUGGAGUCUGAUUCUGUGAAAUUUAGCUGAAUCCUGCCCUACCAUCUAUAAUGGAAUUAAAGACUAGGAAUUUUCUAGGGCCAUCUCCUUGUUCUAACACACAAUGCCUAUGUGUAACUAAAUAAACAGCACUGCAGAACAUCUAGUGAUGACAAAAACAAAAUCCCAAAUACUAAAAUAUCAAGAAAAGAGGGGCACCAGGGAACUCUUGAAAUGAGCAUUCCUUCCUCCCCAAACAGGAAGUUCGUUUUUUUUUUUAAAGAACAAAGAACACACUGACAUAUUCACUUUUAACUCAGGCAUCAGAGACCAGCAUGCUCCUGAUCUCCUAAACACGUGCCACAGGCUUUCUCUUUCCUUCUCCUUCAUUAUGUCUGUAUCAGUGCUAACAAUAGUGGUUAACUAUAAUCAAGAAUAACCAUGUAACCAGGGUUUGAAACCAGGGUUGGAUGUGGGUUUCCCAAAUCCUUAUUAAGGAACCAGAGUAACAUUCACCAUGGUUAGCAUUGGUGCAGAUGUAUGAGGGUUAAAAGUAAUCAUAUAUACCAAGGAAGUGUGGGAGACGGGCGCACACACUGUAUACUCAUAAUAAAACCUAACCCAGGAUUCAUAGAAUGAUUAUGUCUUCCUAUCUUUCUUUUCUAUGGAAGCGUUUAACUCAGUAUGGUCUACACCGAAUAGUACCCAUCCUCCAGGUUUCAGAUGUUUAUUUUCCAGCCUUACCUGGAGAUGCCAGAUACUGAACCUGGGAUGUUCUGCAUGCAAAGCAGAUACUCUUCCAUUGAGCAGUGGUCCUUCCUCAUAUAUAUAUAUAUAUAUAUGUAACUGUUUACAUGUUGUUGGUAUCUAUUAAACUUCUCAGAAUAGGGAAGAAAUGAGAGCACAAAGCAAUUUUUUUUAGGGAAAAUUGUGCUUUCUGUAUAUUUGUUCAGUAUAUUUGGCUGUGAAUGUAAUUGAAGCACAGUAGCAAAGUGAUACACAGUUAAGCCACAUUUACUCCAUGCAGAACAGAAAAGAAGCAGCUGGGCUUUCUUAUCAUCCUGUGGUUUUGAGACAAGGGCUUUUUCUGUUUAAUGCUGAAAGAAGGGAGUGAUUGUAAAAAUAAAAACAAAAAGAAUGCCUGUCCAAACUCUUCUUGAUAAAUUAGAAUAAUGCACCUUUGUCCUAGGGGCUUUGUUUUCAUGGCAUGAUACAUUUUUUGUUCUAUGUAAAAGACCUGUACCUAUUACCUCUUUUCUUUUUUUAAUACAGGAUAUUCUUUGUAUUCAUGGAAGAGAAACAUUAAAAUAAAUUUUUAAGCA